UGUCCGACUUGAUCCAAGCCCGACCAACUCUCCCAACCAUCGGAGACGUCAUAACCCAUUGCUCGUACUUCAGUACUCGGAGUGAAGGAUAGUCUUUGCCGAAUUUUGAUCGUCAUCUACGUCAUGGUUCAUAUGGAAUCAAGGCCGAGAGAACUAUAAAUCAUGCCAUCUACAUACAUAUUGUAGUUCCAGAAAGAAGCAUAAAAAAGCUUUUUAUUACAACAGACAAACUCCUCUCUAUGUUUCGAUACAUCCAAUUGAUCAUCGCAAUCAUGGUUGCACCUCUUUCUAGCGUCCUGGCCGUGCCAGGAACCGCCGUGAAUUUACAUCGUCUCGAAGCAGGUUUUCUUUAUCUCCCAAUGGACCUAUUCGUUCAGGGGUCCGCUCCAGAUGACAUCCGCCGGGUCCCUUCGAUGUCCUGGUUGAUUGAGCACCAGGUCACAAAACGGAAAGUGGUUUUCGAUUUGGGUAUCAGGAGGGAUAUUGAAAACUAUCCACCCACAGUCUACGAAAGACUGCAGACUGUCGUCAAGACGGAGGUGCCUCAGGAUGUCUUUGAAAGCCUCAAUAAACUUCACAUCGACCCGCAGAACGAUGUUGAUACUGUUAUCAUUUCACAUCUGCAUUACGAUCACGUUGGAGACCCAUCGAAAUUUGGGCCAAACGUCACUUUUCUGCUUGGACCAGGCGCAGAAGAAUUGAUUCUCGGCCCAAAAACUUAUCCAACCGACCCAGAAUCUAAUUACGAUUCGAACCUGAUACCCCAAGGGAACAAGCUUUCCUUCCUACCGGUGCCCUCAACCGACACCAGCGGGUUCUGGGAGCCGUUAGGGCCAUUUCCGCAAACGCACGACUUCUUCGGCGACAAGUCGCUCUUCAUCAUUAACGCGCCAGGUCACUGCAUCGGUCACCUUAAUGCUCUCGUCAGAGUGGAUAAUCAGAAGUGGCUCUAUUUGGCUGCCGAUACUACUCACAAUGCCAGAAUUCUGCAUGGCACGGCACAGACUGCAAUAUACACAGACGAAGCCACGGGUCUCCGCUGCAAGUCCGCUCACAGUGACUUAGAGGCAGCCGAAGCACACUUGCAGCGGGUUCAGGAGUUUGCGCGGGAAACGGGAGUGGAGAUUAUCCUGGCCCAUGAUGCGGAUUGGUAUGAAGCAAACUUGAAAAAUUAUUGAUUGUACUCGGUCAAAUGAAGGACUUUGGAUGAACAAUGGACAACAGAGGAAUCCCGACUUAUGAUGCGCGUUGGUAUGACGCGAAGUUGAACAGACAAUAGUUGAACGCGCUAUGGAUAUAGGAAAUUGAAACUUCUUUACACU